AUGGUUCUGGAUGAGGAUUAUUCAGCAGAUACGGAUGGUAUAGAGAUUUUCGGAAGAGCUGUCAUACCAACGACUGUAAGCUUUCAACUUGGUGUUUGUAUACCGGAAAUAUGCAGUCCAAAGUUUGUUACUAAAAUUCUACAAAAAGCAACGGCUAAUAUUUUGUAUGGUCGACUUGCUGGAGCAAAUAUUUCCAACUGUUCUGUAGCCAGAAAACCUGAUUUUAGGGCUAUUGAUAUCAUUGCUAUAAUAUUCUUUUCCUUUAUUGGGGUACUAAUGAUCUUGAGUACACUUUACGAUUUGGCGACUGCACAUAUUCAAAAAAAACCUGUACAACUAUUUCUUGCAUUUUCGGUCAUAACAAAUGGAAGAAAACUAUUCAUGAUUAAUACGGAGAAAUCAUCAAACUCGAUCACAUGUUUGACCGGAAUUCGAGUGUUUCCAAUGUUUUGGGUCAUACAUUGUCAUAAUUACGGCAGAUACGGAUAUCUAAACAUGAUUAAUAGUUUAGAUUUGCUUACGUGGUCUAAUAAUUUUGCAUCGUUGGGAAUUUUAAUGGCAACCGUUUCAGUUGAUUCUUUCUUUUUCCUUAGCGGAUUACUUGUAGCUUGGGUGGUUUUAAAAGAAUUGGAUAGAACGAAAGGAAAACUAAAUAUUGGCUUGAUGUAUCUUCAUCGUUACAUUCGUCUUACACCAGCUCUAGCAGCCGUGGUGCUUUUUUAUGUCACAAUAAAUAAGUACAUUGGAAGUGGACCUUUAAGGACACCAUCUAAAGAUUGUGAUGAAAGCUGGUGGCUUACUUUACUCUACGUACAAAACUACGUCAAGUCUUCUUUUUCGUGUGUUGCUCAAGCAUGGUAUUUGGCCUGCGAUACUCAACUUUAUAUUAUUUCCCCACUGAUUCUUAUACCUUUAUGGAAAUGGGGUAAAAAGUUUAUACCAGCGAUAGUACUUCUGGCCAUCUUGUCAAUUGGUUGCGUUAUAGCAACGUUCUUUGUCGAAGGAUACACCAAUGUCGGAGGUCUUGGUAAUCCGUUAGGUUCAAUGCCACGUACCUAUGGAAAAGCUCAUACUAGGUGUCCGCCAUGGCUUAUUGGUAUAAUCUUUGGGUAUAUAUUCCACAUCAAUCGAAAUAAGACUAUUCGAAUGCCAAGGAUUCUUCAACUAAUUGGAUGGAUCAUUUCUCUGGGAACUAUGUUUUUUAUCGUUUUCGGUCUUCACUUUUUCUUAGACUUUCCAUUUAAUUCGAGCGUUGGUUAUGCAGCAGCAAACGAAUCGCUAAAACGUGUCUUUUGGACUUUAGCCUUAGCAUGGAUUGUUUUUACUUGUCACUUCGGCUAUGGUGGUUUGGUGAAUUCUAUACUUUCACAUCCUUUCUGGCAGCCAAUAGGUCGAUUGACAUACUGCAUGUAUUUGGUUCAUUUGCUGGUGCAGGAAAUCAAUUAUGGAAUAAUACGAACAGAUGUUUAUUUCUCCGACUAUACAAUGUUUCUUGAAUUUUGGAAAACUAUCGGAUUAACUCUUUUGUCGUCAAUCGUUUUAUCACUUUCUUUUGAAGCUCCCAUAUUGGUGAUUGAGAAGGCAAUAUUCGGUAAAAGAAAACCAAAGUCUGACAGUACCGAUUGUAUAAUGCCAUCAACAUCUCAAAGUAAAAUUGUAUGAUAGCUAAAUUGAGCAUUUUUGUAUGUUAUCAUUAAAAAUACAAAAAAUUAAAAAUCAAGAAUAAAUUAAUA